CUCCAGUCAACCGCGAGCGCAUCUCGAGUUUGGCCAAGCGGAACGCCACCGAGCUAGGAAGCGAUGGUCGUGUACAACUUCAAGAAGAUCCAGACGGUGCCGCCGGCGAGCAACUUCAUCGACAUCAUUCUCACGCGGACGCAGCGCAAGACGCCGACCGUGAUCCACCCGACCUAUGCCAUCUCUCGGAUCCGCGCGUUUUACAUGCGCAAGGUCAAGUUCACGCAGCAAACAUGCCAGGAAAAGCUCAGUCAGAUCAUCGAUGACUUUCCACGUCUCGACGACAUCCACCCGUUCUACGCCGACCUGAUCAACAUCUUGUACGACAAGGACCACUACAAGCUCGCGCUCGGCCAAAUCAACACGGCCCGCGCCUUGGUCGACAACAUCGCCAAGGACUACGUCCGCAUGAUCAAGUAUGGCGACACGCUGUACCGGUGCAAGCAGCUCAAGCGCGCCGCCCUCGGUCGUAUCUGCACCCUUCUCAAGAAGAACAAGAGCAGCUUGGACUACCUCGAGGAAGUGCGCAAGCACUUGAGCCGUCUCCCGAGCAUCGACCCCAACACCCGCACGCUCCUUGUCACGGGUUUCCCGAACGUCGGCAAGUCGAGCUUUAUGAACAAAGUGACGCGCGCCGACGUGGACGUCCAGCCGUACGCAUUUACGACCAAGGCGCUGUACGUGGGCCACAUGGACUACAAGUACCUGCGAUGGCAAGUGAUCGAUACGCCGGGGAUCUUGGAUCACCCCCUCGAGCAGCGCAACACGAUUGAAAUGCAGGCCGUGACAGCAUUGGCGCACUUGCAGGCGUCGGUUCUGUUUUUCCUUGAUAUUUCCGAGCAAUGCGGCUUCACGAUCGAGCAGCAGCUCAGUUUAUUUGCCAACAUCCGGCCGCUCUUUGCCAACAAGCCACUCCUGCUUGUGUGCAAUAAGAUCGACCAGAUGCCGUACGAGAUGCUUCCCGCGCACCACAAAGAAGCAAUCGAAGAGGCCGCGUCGACGUCCAACGCCAAGAUUUUCACCAUGAGCAAUCACUCGGAGGAGAAUGUGAGCACGGUCAAAAACUACGCGUGCGACGAGCUCCUCAACCACCGCGUGAGCACCAAGGUCAAGGGAAAGAAGGUCGGAGAUGUCCUCAACCGCCUUACGGUCGCCAUGCCAGUUGCCCGCGACGAUGUCGUCCGUGAUGUAUCGAUCCCAGAGAGCGUGCUCAAGGCACGCGACGAACCUGGCACUAUUGUGCCGCGCAAGACGCAAAAGCAAAAGAUGGUCGAGAACGGCGGCGCUGGCGUGUACGCGAUGGACUACACGGAGCACUACGAAGGCAUGCUGAAGAACAAGGAGUGGCGCCACGAUGUGAUGCCCGAGAUCUGGAACGGCAAGAACUUGGCCGAUUACAUCGACCCGGACAUUCUGGCCCGUCUCGAAGAGCUCGAGCGCGAAGAGGAGGCGCUGGACGCCGAGGCUGCCGCCAACCAGGACCUUGAAGACGACGACAUCGUGUCCGACUUGGACGAAGAGGACAAGGCCAACCUCCGCGCGAUUCGCGACAAGAAGUCGGUCAUGGUAGCUGAACACCGCCAAGCAAAGAACAAGAACCGAUCGGUCUUGCCACGGAAGCACAUGCGCCGCACGCUCGAUGGCUACAAGGACAGCUUGGAUGCACUCGGCGUCGACACGUCGAAGCUCAACCACGCCGCGGCCAAGGCCAAGAAGCACGAAGUGGACGAAGAGCAACGCGGCCGCAAGCGCACUCGCGAUGAAGUAGACGACGUCGACAUGGAAGGCGGCAGCGACGACGACAAGGGCUCCCGCAUGCGGUCGACGUCGGUCGCGCGCCGAUCCAAGUCCAAGACAGGUCGAUCCCAGAGCCGCGUCGCGCCGCGCGACGAAAGCGGGUUCCGCGACGAGGCCAUGCAGGCCAAGAGCAAGAAGGUCAUGCUCAAGCAACAGCGCAAGAUGAACAAGAUGGCCCGCAUCGGCGAAGCCGAUCGCCACCAAUUGCCCAAGCUCGCCAAGUGGCAAAACUCGGGCAAGCGAGGCAACGGCAAUACCAACUCGAGAUAAAACACUGUCGUUCGUGUGCUGUGAAAUAUAUUAUGUAUUCGAUCUCACAA